AUCAGACAAAGAGUUUGCCCAGUUAAGUUCAAUUCACUAUGUUAGAUCGUUCACCUGUGGAUGCUCACCUCGUGAGCAGACGAAUAGAAAACAUUUGGCCCACAAACGACUCAUUUGAGUGAGAGUGACUUCGUUUUAACGGCUUUUAUCUCCAAACAUUUUAACCACCUGUUUUCUAUAUUACAAAAGUUACAAUAUGAGUGGAAAGUAUUUAGGCUCAUAUGUGACAGUCGACUGUGGAGAGUUAUUCGGUUGUUAUCAAGGGCAAGUAAGUAAUGUGGAUACCCUUAACCAAACACUUACUUUGAAAGAUGUUUGGAAGAAUGGUUUAAAAUCAUCUAUUGAUGAUGUAACAUUGCUGGCUAAAGACAUUCUUAGUCUAGCCAUCAUUCCUUCACCUAAGGAUGACAAAAUUGGGAAUAGAGCAGAAGUUGAGCAUUUAGAAUCUCAGCGGAAUAAAAACAAAACCAGUGCCAGAGACUCUCCCCGUAAGUUUGAUGGUUAUGGAAGUUCUUCUUCUCAGCCUGCCCCUCCAGACACACCAAACAAGCUAAAUAAAAUGAAAGGAAGAGUUGGAAAAGAUGAUGUUUGCUUCGGAACUGAUGUCAACAUGGAAAAGGAUUUUGACUUUGAAACCAAUUUGGCACUCUUUGAUAAGAAAACAGUAAUGGGAGAGAUACAGUCAGGAAAACAACAAGGUCCUCCUCUUGGUCCUGGAGCCAGAACAGUGUCCAAUUUUAGACACGAUGAAAACAUUCUGGAAACCCUACCCCCCACAUACCGCCAAAUUCACCUUCCAUCACCAUCAACAAAGGAAUUCCUUACUGAUACAGGAUUAGUUGUACCCAGUGCAAGUCCUGAACUGAGAAAAGCAAUGCAAGAUUCCAUGGAAAAACUAGGCAUUAGUGUUGAAAGGAGAUCAGAAUCGAUAGCUCGAGCAGUUGCCGAAGUUGCUCUUCACUUUGUUGGUGGUCCUCACCGCUUGACACCUAAAAAUUCUCAUCAAAAACCAGUUGUCGUAGUUUUAUGUGGUAACCAUCCAGAAGCUGCUGGUGCUGUUUGUGCUGCUCGUCAUUUAGCCACUCUAGGAGUUCAGACGGUCGUCUACUUACAAACUUUGACUGUAUCCCACUAUUUGAAGAAAGAAAUUGAACUAUACAAACUCACGGGUCAAUCAGUCAUCAACAACGAAAAAAACUUGCCAUCUGCCUCGGUUGAUUUGAUCGUUGCUUCUUUGCUUCCUCCAAGCUGGGGAGGUGGCGACGAAAUCUCGAAGAUGAAAGGAAUCAUCGAGUGGGCAAACAAGCAGCGCGCUCCCACAAUGGCAAUCGAUCAACCUCCAUCUGCUGUUAUUAAUGCUACGCCUUGGUUGGAUGUUAAAUGUACUUUGUCGGCCGACUUACCAUUAGCAUACGGCGAUCGCGAUGGAAAAUUGUACCUUUACUCACUUUCUACACCUCGCAAGAUUUUCCAAUCAUUAGGCAUAGAGUACGAUUCACCUUUUGGCUCCAAGUUUGUUAUAACUCUGCACGAGUCUUGCUGAGAAUCUACACCACCAUUCUAUGUAUACGAUUAAUACGAAAGCGUCUGUAUUUACAUGAAUUUCGGUAAUAAAGACAACAAAUUUUCUAUAAAA